CUUCCUAGGAAGAAGAAAGGGCAGCAAGGUCCCAGCCUGUCUGGGAGUGUCAGAUUUCAAGCUCAGCCUUAGCCACUCAGCGCUGGGCGAUGCUGGGGACCUGCCUCAGACUCCUGGUGGGCAUGCUGUGCACUGUCUGCAGCCUGGGCACUGCUGGAGCCUACCCGGACACUUCCCCACUGCUAGGCUCCAACUGGGGAAGCCUGACCCACCUGUACACAGCUACAGCCAGGGCCAGCUAUCACCUGCAGAUCCAUAGGGAUGGCCACGUAGAUGGCACGCCCCAUCAGACUAUCUACAGUGCCUUGAUGAUUACGUCAGAGGACGCUGGCUCCGUGGUGAUAACAGGGGCCAUGACUCGAAGGUACCUUUGUAUGGACCUCCGAGGCAACAUUUUUGGAUCGCACCACUUCAGCCCAGAGAACUGCAGGUUCCGCCAGUGGACGCUGGAGAACGGCUAUGACGUCUACUUGUCGCAGAAGCAUCACUACCUAGUGAGCCUGGGCCGCGCCAAGCGCAUCUUCCAGCCGGGCACCAACCCGCCUCCCUUCUCGCAGUUCCUGGCGCGCAGGAACGAGGUCCCGCUGUUGCACUUCUACACCGCGCGCCCACGGCGCCACACGCGCAGCGCCGAGGAUCCCCCCGAGCGCGACCCACUGAACGUGCUCAAGCCUCGGCCCCGCGCCACGCCCGUGCCGGUAUCCUGCUCCCGCGAGCUGCCGAGCGCAGAGGAAGGUGGCCCCGAGGCCAGUGACCCUCUAGGGGUGCUGCGCAGAGGCCGUGGGGAUGCUCGCGGGGGCGCGGGAGGCGUGGAUCGGUGUCCCUUUCCCAGGUUCGUCUAGGUCCCCAGCCUAGGCAGCGUCCGCCUCCAUCCUCUAGUCUGUUCAGCCACAUAGAGGGCUGGGGUACCUCGAUGAUGUCUGCUUUUCUCCCUUCCCUAUGGGCCUGAGAGUCAUCUGCGAGGUUCCAGCCAGACACCCAUAUUCAGAAUUAAGAGCCCACGGUGGGUGGCUGGAGAGGUGGAACAGACAGUUCUCAGCACCCAUAACUACCUAUAUAAUUCUAGCUCCAGGGGAAUCUGCACACACACACACACACACACACACA